AUGGGUCGCUUCUAUUUGGGUCUUUUCGUGCUUGGUGUUCUUGCUAGAGCAUACGCCGAAGCACCCGAACGUAUAGUAGGAGGUAAUCGUGCAGCUCUUGGUGAAUUUCCCUAUCAAGUUUCCCUCAGAAUCUAUAACAAUCACGUAUGCGGUGGAAGUAUCAUCUCUUCGAGACACAUCGUUACUGCAGCUCAUUGUGUUAACGAGUGGCAUCUUCCCAAUCCUCAUUAUACCGUUGUAUCUGGAACUAAUUAUCUUAAUAAUGGUGGUCAAUUUCACAAUGUCACAUCUGUUAUUGUUCAUCCUAAAUACAUAGGUACAUCGCAAACCUCUUGGGUCAACGAUGUCGCUGUGAUUGGGCUAAAAUAUCCCAUGGUUUUCAACAGCUUACAGAAACCUAUUCCAUUGCUUCGCUCGGAAGUACCAAACAAUGGUUUACUUCGUUUGAGUGGAUGGGGUAGAAUUUAUGCGAAAGGUCCAAUUUCUAAUGCAUUAUUGAAGAUCGAUUUGUAUGCUACAAAUAAUAGCUUGUGCCAAAAACAACACACGCUACAGAUCUAUCCAAGUCAUAUUUGCGCAUUUAACCAAAAAGGAAUCGGUGCUUGCCAGGGUGACAGUGGUGGCCCGCUUACUUAUAACGGUAAUCUCGCUGGUAUUGUUUCUUGGGUUAUUCCUUGUGCUCUUGGAAAACCUGAUGUCUUUACCAAAGUUUCUUCUCAUCUUAAUUUCAUUAGAAAUGCCACGCUAUAUUCAUGA